AGGGUUUAUCGGGCGGCCGAUUUUGAUUAAAAUAUUCAAAAUGGCGGACGGAGGAGCAGCGAGUCAAGAUGAGAGUUCGGCGGCGGCGGUGGCGGCAGACUCAAGAAUGAAUACUCCGUCAGAAACCAGUAAACCUGUAAAAAUGGAAAGCGGGGAUGGGGAAACAGGCACACAAACAAAUGGCCUAGACUUUCAGAAACAGACGGUGCCUGUUCCAGGAGCAAUUUCCACAGCCCAGGCGUUCCUUGGACAUCUUCAUCAGGUUCAGCUUCCUGGAUCAAGUUUACAAGCUGCUGCCCAAUCCUUAAAUGUACAGUCUAAAUCUAAUGAAGAAUCUGGGGACACUCAGCAGCCAAGCCAGCCUUCACAGCAGCCUUCAGUUCAGGCGGCCAUACCGCAAACACAGCUUAUGUUGGCUGGAGGGCAGAUAACUGGGCUUACGUUAACACCAGCCCAGCAGCAAUUAUUACUACAACAGGCACAGGCACAGUUGCUGGCAGCUGCAGUGCAGCAUUCAGCCAGUCAGCAGCACAAUGCUGCAGGGGCCACCAUCUCAGCUUCUGCUGCAACGCCCAUGACACAGAUUCCUCUAUCUCAGCCGAUACAAAUUGCACAGGAUCUGCAGCAUCUACAGCAGCUCCAGCAACAAAAUCUCAAUCUGCAACAGUUUGUCUUGGUGCAUCCAACAACCAACUUGCAACCAGCACAGUUCAUCAUCUCACAAACACCGCAGGGGCAGCAGGGCCUCCUGCAAGCGCAGAAUCUCUUAACGCAACUACCUCAGCAAAGCCAAGCCAACCUCCUGCAGUCUCAGCCAAGCAUCACUUUCACCUCUCAGCCAGCAACCCCAACACGCACAAUAGCAGCGACCCCUAUUCAGUCACUUCCACAGAGCCAGACAACACCAAAGCGAAUUGAUACACCCAGCUUGGAAGAGCCCAGUGAUCUUGAGGAGCUUGAGCAAUUUGCCAAGACUUUUAAACAAAGACGGAUCAAACUUGGAUUCACUCAGGGUGAUGUUGGGCUCGCUAUGGGCAAACUGUAUGGAAAUGAUUUCAGUCAAACUACUAUUUCUCGCUUUGAAGCCUUGAACCUCAGCUUUAAGAACAUGUGCAAGUUAAAACCACUUCUGGAAAAGUGGCUCAAUGAUGCAGAAAACCUCUCAUCUGAUUCAGCUCUUUCCAGCCCAAGUGCCCUGAAUUCUCCAGGGCUGGGGAUUGAGGGCUUGAACCGUAGGAGGAAGAAACGCACCAGCAUAGAGACCAAUAUACGUGUGGCCUUAGAGAAGAGUUUCCUGGAGAACCAAAAGCCUACCUCGGAAGAGAUAACCAUGAUAGCUGACCAGCUGAAAAUGGAAAAAGAGGUGAUCCGUGUUUGGUUCUGUAAUCGGCGCCAGAAGGAAAAAAGAAUUAACCCACCUAGUAGUGGAACCAGCAACUCACCCAUCAAAGCAAUGUUCCCUUGUCCAACUUCAUUGGUGGCAACUACACCAAGCCUUGUGACAAGCAGUGCAGCUACCGCUUUGACUGUCAACCCUGGGCUCCCUUUAACCAGCGCAACUGUAACUAGUUUGGCAGUCUCAGGCACCACAGAAACCAUACCCAACAAUACCGCAACUGUAAUUUCUACGGCGCCUCCAGCUUCCUCGGCAGUAACAUCACCCUCCCUAAGUCCUUCUCCUUCUGCCUCUGCUUCCACAUCUGAGGCAUCCAGUGCCAGUGAGACAACCACAACACAGACAACCUCCACCCCCCUGACCUCGGCACUUGGGACCAGCCAGGUGAUGGUAACUGCUUCUGGUCUGCAAACUGCAGCAGCAGCUGCACUACAAGGAGCUGCACAGUUGCCUGCAAAUGCAAGUCUGGCUGCAAUGGCAGCUGCAGCAGGAUUGAAUCCAGGCUUGAUGGCAUCUUCCCAAUUUGCAGCUGGAGGUGCCUUACUUAGUCUCAAUCCUGGAACGCUAGGUGGUGCUCUCAGCCCAGCUCUGAUGAGCAACAGUACAUUGGCAACUAUUCAAGCUCUUGCAUCUGGUGGCUCUCUUCCAAUAACAUCGCUGGAUGCAACUGGAAACUUGGUAUUUGCCAAUGCUGGAGGUACACCCAACAUCGUAACUGCCCCACUGUUCUUGAACCCUCAGAAUCUUUCACUGCUCACCAGCAACCCAGUUAGUUUGGUCUCUGCUGCUGCAGCUUCCGCAGGGGCCUCUGGACCAGUUGCCAGCCUUCAUGCCACCUCCACCUCAGCGGAAUCUAUCCAGAACUCUCUCUUCACAGUGGCUUCAGCCAGUGGGGCUGCUUCCACCACCACUACGGCCUCCAAGGCACAGUGAGUUGGGCUCAGCUGUGCUAACCCUAGCCUGUUUCCAUGCUGCAGUGAGAUUGGCUGGCAGCUGGGCUUCUGAACUGCAAAUUAUGUUUGGCUUCCUCAUGCCGUCUUACUGGGGACAAGGGAGAGAAGGAAAAAUAUUAGAAACAGGAAAAAAAAAACAGCAAGAAAAAGAAGGAUUUAAAACUGGGACAAACAAUUGCCUAAUUUUAUAAGAAACACUGUCUUUUCAGGAUUGCUUCAUUGAUUGGAGAACUUUCUAACCAAAAAUGUAAAAAAAAAAGGACUACUUAUCAUUUCAGCAGUCUCAGUGACAGGUUAAGGUGGGUUAUCAACUCAAACAUAGGAAUGGGUUUUCUUUUUUCUUUUCUUUUUGAUCUGAAUAUCUUUUUUUUAAUUAUCUUUUAUUGGUCUGUUGUACAGGCCAUAAUGUCAUACAAGAUGUUUAUAAUCUUAUCAAUCGUGUUGGGGGUUCCUUUCUUAACUGGUACAGUUUAGGCAGGCCUGUAUUACUUGUGUAUCUCUUUAUGAUUAUUAUUAUUUUUUAUAUAAAGAGACAAAGAAAGUUUGGACACAUUUCUCUUUGCUCCUGGAACAGUUUCCGUGAGCUCCCAUGCCACUCAGAAGGAAAGGAGAAGAGAGGGAAGCAAGUGAAUCACAAAUAUUCUUUAUAAUAUCCUUGGUGGAGUGUUUUAUGAGAUUCUCUCAGAAGUGUUGGCAGUUAAAAUAAACAUACUGAGGGUCAUGGGCAAAGAUUGUCCACACAUGUGAGGUGGGAGUUUUGUUUAGACAGCAGUUUGUUCAUCAUAUUUGGCCAAAUCUAGCCCUCAUUUGCACGUCUUUGGCUCUUGUUGAUCCAAGGGGGAAAGGAUUUGGCCUGCAGAGUCUGUUUCAACUAUUGUGGUAAAUGAUUCUCUUCUUUCCUAAUUGCAUGGAAAUUGCCACUUUACAACUUUGGAAAUACUUCUGUUAUUUACUUUCUCAGGAGACUGCCUAUAUUGCUGAUAACUCAUAUACGUCCACUAAAUCUUCCUACCAGCUGUUUGGCAUAGGAUUUCAAAAAAGAAAAAAACCUGCAUUGGCUCAUUUUUAGACUUUUUUUUCCUGGAGUCUCUUGCUUUUAUGAUUGUAUUUUGAAUAUAAAACAUUUCUGUUUCAGAAGUAAACUAGGUCACAUGAACAGGAAGUACUGUUUACGCCAACACAGCCAUAACAAGCAGCCUUGUAAUCUUGUUCCAUUGUAAACAAUCUGUAGUGUUUUUACCAUUGCUUGCUGCUGUGGGAAAUAGUGGUAAGGGGUGAUUGGAAAACAGGCCAACUUGCUGUGGAAUACGAUGAGCACUGGCAUGUUGCAUGUAUUUUGCAAUGUUUUGUGCUGUUUCUGGUUUUUGCUGCUAAAUCAUUUAUGGCAGUAAACAUCUCUACUAAAGAGGGUAAAACUGUUCUCAAGCAUCAAGUAGUAUGUGCAAACAACUGCUGACAAUGGAUGAGAGAGAGAGAAGGAGGAAAGGAGACAGAGAAAAUGUUAUAUUGACUUGAACUCAGAUGAAAAGAAGUUGGAUCACUACCGCAGAGCUGGCACUUUCCUAUCUCCUUGAGACAAAUUGGAAAAUAUCAACUGUUCAAUGUUCCUUUCUAUUACUAUUUGGAAUAUGGGGAAGAGGGACAAGGUAGUUCCUAAGCUCACAUAGCCUCAAUCCAUUACUUCCCCCCCAAAAAAUAUUGUCUCUCAUCAGCUAACAGAAAGAGAGUUCAUUUAUAUUGCCAUCUCUGGUUGAUGACUCCAGUUUGCAAUCCUGUAUUAACUAUCAACUGGUGCAAAUCUGUCUCCUUCACCUGCUAUCAUGCUGCCUGUUCUCUGUUCAUCUAUGAAUCUUCAACUUCCUGAUUCACAAGCUAUUUAAAUAUAAGAAAUUAUUUCCUAAAACUGAAAAAAAAAACUUGUGAACUGUUAAGCAGGGAAAUGAGCAAAUGUCCGUCCACCGUCUUUAAUGUGUGUUUAUUUUUUUUAAUGUUUUAUUUUUUUAAAACUAAGCUUGAACCAAAGUCAAUUUCUAGCAAGCUGCUGUACUAAUGGACUAGUUUGUAUAAGUGCAGUUCAGAUGCAGAGAGGUGAUAGAUGCUACUGACAAUUUCUUUUCAUUUGUUUAUUAUUUUAUGUAAAAAUUGCUGCUUGUUUUAAUCUUUUGGUGGGGAGAGGUUGAUCUUUUUGUAUAUCCUUAGGGCAAAGUCUUAACUUGAUUAUUUUCUAAUUUCCAUGGUUCGGGGUGGGUAAAUAGAAUGACAAUGGCAAACGCUUACUAAUUUAGCUGAUUCUGCAUUUUCCUUAGCAGUUUGGAUCAGUCUAAAUCCUGUGAUAUGCUAUCUCCAUCAUUCUAGUCUCAGAAUACAAUUAUAAUAUUUUGGGUCAAAUGUUUAAUUGACUUAUAGCAACAGCAUGCUACAGUCAAAGUAGGUAAUAAGGCAGGAGAAUAUUCAAGAUGCUGGCCUAUAGGCCAUUAUAUUGACUAAUUUCUACCAAAGUAAAUAUCAGUCCAGUAAAUGUUUAUUUUGUCCAUUGAAAAAAGAUUUUGCUUUUUUAUACAUGCACAAACACACACAUAAUUAUAAAAGCAAAGAAGGUAAUGCGACUUUUGAUUGUGUUUGCUCACCCGUAGGCUUUAAGGAAAAGAUCCUAUGGAUUUAUGAACCAAAAAACAAAAAAUACCCAUUUUAUCAUCAUUAACAUUUCAAAGAAAUUCAGGGAAAUUAAUUUGGCUUGUCUGCCUGUAAUUGAUUAGGUUCACUGUUUUUUGUUAGGUGUGAAAGUAUGAUAUAGAGAUACUCAGAAUUCUAAUUAUCCCAGAUGAUAGCUAUAAAACAUAAUUAUUUUAAUUUGCUCAUACAAUGCAUGAAUCCAACAGGCAUUGUAUCAACUUAUUUAUAAACAUUUUUCAGACCUUUCCACUCUUCCAUGUGUCGUACAAAUAGCCACACUCUUAAAAGGUGUUAUAACUCUUGUACCAGAGAAACUGGAAAUUCAGAAACAGACAAACCAGCAAUUGUUUGGUUGAAUUGUAAGUUUUAUGUUUGAUUUAAGUGGUUCAGUUAUAUAUUUGAUGAGUUAUCAGGAGAUUGUUUAAAAUUUUCCAAUAAUACAAAAAUACUGGAGUUUUAAUGGUUAUCACUAUUUAUUAUUUUGCCACCUACUUAAUUCUACUCAGUAUACGCAUGCUCCAUAAAUUAACAUAAAUAUUAUUGCACAGUCUAAAAUAAUCAUCAGCUUCCAUAAUAUUGUAAUAGUUACAAUUGAUUUAAAAUUUCAGCAAAAUAUCAGAUGUGCACAAUUGGAGAAUCUGUAGGAAUAAACAAUAUGGAAGGCCAGAAAACACAUAUUCUAGUAGUUGCGAAAACUUUCUAAUAGUCACUACAAAUGUAGUUUAUGCACUCAAAAAUAUGUGCACUGUAUAUGUAUCUUCUAAUAACUAGAGAUGAUCACUUAUUAAUUCUAUCACUUGAGUUAAUUGUGUUCCAAUCUCUCAGUGUUCUAAAAUAUGUUACAAGUGAUACUGUUCCCAUUUCAUAGCCAAGUUAUCUUGUUUUCCUAUUCAUCGCAUUCAGUGAGACACCAUUUUAUAAACCAAAAUUUGCAAUAUUAUUCUUAUUACCUUAGUUUACAUCAAUCUUAUAUCUGGUAUCCUUCACAGAAUUGGAUCACCUUUCUCUUUGCCUCAAUACAGAAAUAACACUGGCUGAGGAUGAUGGGAAUUUCAAUCUAGUGCAUCUGGCAAAUUUCAGAUUAGAGAUGAUUGCCAUAAAAAUUUAUUGGUGAUUCAUGGUGGAACAGAUAGAUUUCUAUCCUAGUUUCUCCUUUCUCCUUUCUAGUUUGUCUUUGCAGCUGACGAUAAUUUCUGAAAGUUGAACAAUCUAUGUUCCUUUCAAAUCAGGAGGAAACUUUCUAUUACUCUUAAUGAAGCCAAAAUGCCAGAAUUUUAAAGGUGUAAAAAGAAUGACAUCUUGAGAAAAUAAAUCUCUUGACAAAUAUUUUAAGAUACAGUCUGAGGUUAAUCUAACUUGUAAGCAUUUAAGGUCAUUAAAUUAAAGUAAAUACUUUCUGCAGUGAGAAAGUUGUUCUUCCAUCUUAUAAAGUAACAAAUGUACAAAAGGGGUUGAAAACAUUGAACCCAUGAAGUUUAGAAUUUCAAAUUUGAUUUUUCAUUUUGAUCAUGUGCUACCAGUUUAUACAUUAUGGAUUUCAUGUAUAGGGUUCAUAUAUGUGACAAGCAUCAUUUGAAUAUUUUUUUUAACAGUUUACUUUUGAAGAGCAUAACAUUCAUGCUUUUCUGAUGUAUUAUGGCUCCUUUUUGUUCAGGGCUCGAACUUUAUGUAAGUCGAUUAAAUGUAGACUUUUUCCCCCUUUUUUCCCUUUCCUUUGGAAAUGUAUAAAUCUGUCUAUAUAUAUAGCAACUUUAUUGAAACACAAUUAUUACAGCUAUGCCAAUAGACUGUCCAGUUAUCUUGUUGGUUUAAGAAUGUCUUCUAGGCCACCUCCAGUAGCUCAUCCCACGCUGAAUUACAUUGUUCAAAUUGAAGAGCUAGAUCUCCAAAAAUGUCAUUUUAGCUAAGUUGUUACUAGUUCAUAUUUCAUUGGUUUUGUAAACAUCUUCUGGCAAUAUGUAAUAUUGAUUCUCUGGCCAUUUGUAACUUAAUGCUUCAAAGCACAAGAAAUAAGCCAACAGACCUGUUGAACUGUUCAAGUAACACAGGGAAUGAGACCUAUUACUAUUAAAUUUGUUUUCUAGACAUAGAGAUGUUUUUCUUGAAUACUAAUACCUAGGAUCUGUAGACUGACUGUAUAUGAAAUAUGGAUGUGGCAGCACUGGGAUGGCUGAACUCUGUCUAAAAGUAUUGGACCUUUUUGCCAUUUCUGUAUCUAUUCCAUAUAAAGGUCUAUAUGUUUAGUGGUUUUAUUUGACGCCUACAAAAAUUGGAAAUAAUACAGUGAUAAAUUGUAUUGAGAGUGGACCAGAUUCGUGUUAACUUUAGUAACCUGUGGCGAUAUAAAAAGGCAGGAUGGAUAGGAAGAAUUCUUUUAGAGGAAAGUGCAAUCCCAGGUUACAUCUUAUUUCUAUCAACAGAGAUCAGAUCUUAGAAACAUUACAUGUUGACCCAAGGAUGUAGGCAUACUUUGUGGAGAAUACUGUGCUUUUGAGAAUUUUAAUGUAGUGGAUGAGGAUUCAGGUGGCCAGUGAGGGAAAUACAGCAGUCUUUCUCUACUGCUGGGAAACAAUGCAAUCCCAAAGGUUGGAUCCACUUUUUCACUUUCAGUUGCCAGAGGAAAUAAUGUUGCACCCUGACUUGAUAGAAUGCAUUAUAUUGCAUUACAAUAAAUGUAAAUUUUAGCUAUAUACUAGAGACUUCAGCCAAAGAUGGUACAUGUCAUUUGAAGAUAUAAGGAAGAGCAGAAGAAUUGCAAAAUUUCCAAUGCUAGAAACCAGGCUUAAAAUCCAUCGUUGCCUUAUUCUCCUUAACUUUUCUUUUCACUUGUAUAUGAUGUGUGGAAAGUUUAUUCAGAUAGUCAUUUUUAUCUGGGCUCUUUAUUUUUUUUUGUCUGUCCUUACAACAAACAAGAAUCUAGAACAAUGUAAACUGGCUCUUUGUUAAAAGAUAUAGCCCGUAUUUAAUUCACUAUCACUUUGAUUGGCAAUAGUUUUUUUAUGUUUAAUUCUGACAGCAAGAUAUAAUUAAACAAAUAUUUGAGAUAAAAAUAUAUUGCCAAUGCACUCUAAUUUUUCAAUCCAAACCAAAAUUAUAGACUGGGGAAUUUUUGCCAGUGAGUAAAUGUGGGUAUGCAGCUAGCAGUGGACAGACUCUGAAACUGUGUUUGGCAUUUGGGGGGCAAGUAGGGUAGAACACUGAAAUAUGGGAUUUGAGUCAAAUGAAAUGUUACAGGGAACAAAAUAGUAAGCAAAACAUAUAUUUCUAGAAAAAAAAAUUCCAUACAAAAUGAAGCUUGCAAAUGGUGAGCUCUGAAAAAUAUUGUUGAGGUCUUGCUUUAGGAAGCCCUCCCACCCCACCCCCUAUUAAUUUAGUAACACCUGAGAAAUUUUGCAUAAUAAAUAUAUAAAAUUGAUUUCUAACCUUAUAAUCAUUUGGCAAACUCUGGGAUUUGAUCUGGCCAUCUUGCUUUUGAAGUUACCAAACUAUAUUGAUGGUGCAAAAGUAAAUACGUGACUUUCUAUUUUGUUACAUACAAGGAAUAAUAAACCAUGCUAGCAAACACAUUUUACAGUUACAUUUGCUUAAAAUAAUGUUAGCAUUAAAUUACAAUUCUCAUUAUGAUUCUCAUACUAUGGAUGGACCAAAAAAGUGGCAUGAAAGAAUAUUCUUGACCUGACUCUUUUCCCCGUUUUAUCUCAAAAGUUUGAAAUGUUUAUACUUAAUCUGUGUAUCCCUAUAUGUACUUUUUAAAUAUGAAUCCUACAAGGAUUCAAAAUUUCAUAAAUGUAUAUAGGAAAAAGUGAUCAUAGAGUAAACACUACCAGAAGAAAAAUCUGUUGAUAAAGAGUUGUCUGUGACCUUAGGAUACAUUGGCCAAUUAUGCAAAGCUACAUUCUAGUAUUCUUAAAGCAAUAUAUUAUUUUAAAAUCUCAACUGCAUAAUUCUUGUUCUGUGCAGCAUUGGGGCCAAAUUUAACUUGUCAGCAUUUCAGAUGAAUAGGUGGGAAAAGUUAAAUCAUAUCCCUGAAUAUUUCAGUUGGAUUUGAGUUCCUUUCUUAUGGUAAGAGGAGAAGAAACACAACUGUAAUUAGUGCCAAUUCAUUGUCCUGAAUUCUUCUUACUUUAUUAUGGAUUAUUAUUGGUUUUUAACAUUUUAAGUAGGUUUUUUUUUAUUGUCCACUUAUUUUUUGCUAUUGCUUUCAAAUUCAUGAAGUCAUAUUGGAUCUAAAUGGAAAAUGAAUUUUUCAUUCUAUUCCAUAUUUCUACUAGGCUAUUUUAAACAUACACCAUGCAAUACUAAACAAAUUUCUAUUUUCAUGAUAUAGAAAGACAUCUAAAUCAACUGUUAAUGAAAAUCUGAAAUCAAAUCAAUCUUUGAUUAAUCUCCCACUCCCUGUCCAAAUAACAAUUUAUAAAUAGGAAGCUCAGUUUUUAAUUUUGGUUAAUUAUCAAUAGCACAUGCCAGACUUUGAAUCCCUUAUUUAAGAAUAUGAAGCUAUUUCACACAUUUAGAUUUUUCCUAAAUGAAAUAUUAUAUCCCAUUUUAGGAAAUUAUAACGUAAAUAUGCAGCGGACAUUUACCUUUGCUCUGGGAACACAAUCUGCAUUUCUACUGCAUGCACAGAGAUUUGCUCUUAAGGCAAAUUACAAUGAUCUUUGAUUCACACUGGAACUAAUGUAGCUUUAUUAUUGAGAAGGAAAACUAUUUACAAUGUUUAAUGUUGCUGUAUUUGUCGUUGCCUCCUGGCACAUUCUGACUUCUGUUCAAACCUAUGUUGUUGAACUGAAUGUUAGUAUCUUUGUUAUAUAUUUUCUCACCAGGAGAGUAAAAUGAAGACAUCUUGACUGAAAUAAUUCAGAAGAUCAUUCUGUCCCUUCUCAUCUCUUGUUUUUAAAGCAGGCAAUGUUACAGAAUUGUAGAAACAAUGCCUUUGGUAGCAGCUGGUUUUCUGGCACCUUUAAAAAGAUACCUCAGCAUAGCUUUGUUAGUAUUGUUUGUAGACUGAAAAAUCAGGAGAGAGCAUCUUUAUAAAUAGUGGAGGUAAUUGUAGUGGUAGAGUUUAGUUAAGCUUUUGGAAACCCAGUGUAUAUGUAUUUGGAAUUCUGUGUUUUACAGGGAUGGCGUUGAAAAGAAGCAAAGUAUGUUAACUAUGCUAGAGGUAGGGGUGUAAAAAAACAUUUCAAACUGUUUCAAGUGUGAGACUUUAUGAUGCUGUUCUGAGUCCAAAAUGGUUGCCCAAAUGUUUUGGAAAUUCUUCAGAAUUGAAACAGGGCUUUGAGUUCAAAUAGCUCUGUUUCAGGGUUGAAUACUUACAAAAUAUUCAAACCAGCCAGUAACUGACUCUAAACUGGAAGUUUUAACAAAGCUUUACACUUGAAUAGCAAGUACACUCCUACUAGAAGUCAAAUGUUGCUUACAACUUCCAUCUCUCUCUUUUUUUAAAAUUUGAUCUUGCCAAAGGAAGCAGACGCUUACUCCUAAAUCUGGGAUUCUUUGAUUUUAUCAAUAAUAUUCAAUAUUUCAAAAGACAGCAUGCAGGUUACCAAUUUGAGUUGCUAUAUUGUGCUAUUUGUACACACAGAAAAUUAGCAACCCAUUUCAACCUGUGUAGUUGCACUAGGUUUACUCUUAAGCCAAGAUGUUUAACUUGGGGGUGGGAGGGAAAGAUUUCCAUCUACAUGAAAUCAGAAAGUUAUGGUAAAGUGGUUGCUUUUUCCCUACUCAUUGAUUGUAGUGUUUAAUAAUAAUUACUUUUAAAAUAAUUUUAAAGUAACAAUGUUAACCUUGUCUAGACCAAAAAUUGCAGAAGAUAAACCAAACUAAACACUAAUCUCCUCUGAACACUUAAACAAAGUGUACAUGGGGGGAAAGAUGAUCUUGUAAGAUAGUCCUUGGGAGAAAAGAUUUCUUACUGAAUAGAUCAUUAUUCUUGUAUUAAUUUUGCUGAGAGACUGUCAUUUUUUGCAAAUAAUGCAUAUUUUGGUUUGAAGACUGAAUUCUUUAAAUUUGUCUUUUCCAUCCUUAUUCUACAUAUUCUUUAAAAUAAUGUUAGUGUAUGUGUAUUUGUGGGCUGGCAUAUUAUUUGAGAAUGAAGGACUUAGGUUGACUGGAGGGGAGAAUUUCCAAUGGCUUUUAUGCUUAAAGGCACUGGUAAUCUUGGCCAACUUUCCUGUUUUUGGAGUGUGUUAAGGUUUUUAAAAAACCAGGUGGUCUUAGAAGUUCAUAUUGAUAGCUUUUUUUCUUUGAGGACAUAGUUUAUGAAUUUGGCUGAUUUCAUUAAGUACAUAUUGGAAUGAGGAACUGAUUAAAACAAAGCCCAAAGUCAUAAGCUAUUAUUUGGAAACAGGGAAACCUGAAAUAUUUUUAAAAAUGCAUCAUCUUUUGGCACAGCUCAGAUGUACUGGGUGAUGUCUUUUUCUUUACAUAAUGGAAAUGUUGGAGAUAACUGUUUUGUUUUGUUUUUGUUUUUUACUCACCAGAAGAGCUUUCAAUAUUCUCACAUGACAUGCUGUGGCUUGAUUAACUGCAAUAAUCAAGUUCGACGUAUGCUCGUAUAAAGAAAGCAGUUGUGUAAUUAUAUAUGGGUUGUCCAUUUCUUACUUUGUAAAUCGGCUAGAAUGCAUAACCUCACUGAAAGCUUUAAUAAUAGAUUUGGUGUUCUGACUUUAUGUAAAGUGAUAUUAAUAUUGUGUGAUUUUCCUAAACUAGUUAGAUUUAUAGGUAGAGAAUAGGAAAAUACUAUCAAAGUUAAGAGCACUUGGAACAAAAGAUAUUGAAAAGGAGAGGAAGGAAAUGAAACAGUUAGUAGGUGGGAUCUCGAAAGAAAAAUUCUUAAUGGAGAGAACUGCAAUGAUUCUCUUCUGCCUUAUUUCUUAUCUUUGUUUGCUGAUGCCAAAAUAUUGACUUAAAGUCUGUUGUGAACUCUUCCUCCAAUGUUCAUUGUCACAAUCUUCUUCUGACACACCAAAAACAGUAUUGCUUUUUCAGUGGGUAAAACCCAUUAAAAUAAGUUUUCCAAAUAAUUUCUAACUUCAUUUGAUAUAUCAGAAAGUUUUCAGCACUGAUGGUGCUGGUGAUAAGAAUACUAUAAGUUAUUUGAUAUAUGUUGGAAUGUAUAAGUCUGCAUUUAAUUAAGAUAUACAUCAAGCAAAGCUACUUUUUCAGUAGUUUUGUAAAGGGCAUUAUUGUGGGGGCAGGGAGCCAUUGUUUGCCCUAUAUAAUUCUUAUUAUGAUUUUAACGCUUAAGAUUUGGUUUCUCUGAACUGCAAGGAGAAAAUACCGUAGAUGUUGAUAUGGCAGUGCAUAGAUAACUCUACUUACUCAAAACUCAUUGGAGAAGAAUUGCACUUUUCUCUAAAACCCACAAGGCAAAAUCUUUCAGAGCACCAUGAGACAUUUUCACUCCUUGAUCCUACCAUGUUGGUGUUCCAUUUCCUUUUUCUGUAAUAGUAUCUAAGGCUAGGUAUGAAUAGGUGUCGGAUAUUUAUCCGCCACAGGUACAGGAGCUGUCGUAUACCUCAUUUCUAACUCGUAACCGAGUAACUUGCUUUAACUUUCUCCAAACCCUACAGAGAUGCCAAGCCUGCCACCCUUCCUUUAAUUAGCAUUGAACUCUGGCCUAUAGCAAACCGUGACCUGUAACCUGGGGACAGAUCCCCGAAAGCCUCUGAAUGUUGCUGCUUAAAAGCUACUGCAAACUGAGGGCAAAUUGCAAUCUUUUAUUUGUUUUGGUUACCGGGGGUCAUCUUGUAGCCUUUGAAUACCCAUCUCUUCCCAGCCUGUGCAUGAAAUCUGUAUGCUGCCUUCUGCCACCUCCUGGCGAGAUGUCAGGGCUCUUGUUUUCCAGGAUCAAGCCAGGGCCAAAUUGUCUGCAUACAUACCACUUUCUAUCUUUUAACCUGUUGUCUUUGUGUGUCACUCCUUUUCUAAAACAUGUUCUUUUAUUAUUUGACAAUCUUGUUCAUUUGCCACCUCUUCCCUCUGGGUUAACCAGAAGCUGCAUCCAUACUCUUUCUACCAUUUUAGUUUGAAUGUACUUUUACCUACCCCUUUAGAAAGGGAAGCUUUGCCAGGUCACGGUGCCCUGCUAUAUGCUGAGGGGAGCGGUUUCUUUGUUUUGUUUUGUUCUUUUAAAAAAAUUCCAGCCAAAACCAAAGAUUUCCUAAUGAUUGUAUAAACUCAAAACAAACAAACAAACCAAAGACAAAGGGCAUCUUCAGCACCAAUCAAAUCCGGGAAGCCAUCUUUUCUGGGUGUGGAAGAGAUGAACCCCAAAGUGGUUUUUGCCUUCCAGUCCAAGAUGCAAUGGAUGGCUUGAUCUAAGGUAAGGUGGAUUUGGUCAGCAAGGUCGCUUUUCUCCCACUCCGUUUGGGAUGCAAAGUACUCUUACAAGAUUACAAAUCCAAGGGGCAUAGAGAAAAGCUUGGGGAAAUUUGAUGGAGCUUUAUAUAUUGGUUGUGAAGCUGAAGACCUUGGUGCAUGAUUGGCUGCUCUGAUGGGUACUUUUAACCCUUUGUGAGCUGGGUGAUAAAUUGAUUAAUACAUGCUAGAGUGCACUUCUGAGCUUCCCCCCUGCCACUGCUUGGAAGAGGCUGUCCUAUUGUGAGAAAUAUCUGAAUUUUGUUUCUUAUUUUCCGCUUUUUCCUUUUUGUUACUUGUUCAUUAUUUUUGCAGCACCACUGUGCAACUAUGCAUUGUAUUUCUCAACAUUUUUGCUAGGUAGAUGCCUAUGACUUUUUAAACUUUGGGGGAGGGGGGUUGCCAGCGAAGGAACUUUUUACACAAAUCUUUUAAAUCUCAGUUGAGUAGGGGUGUUUGGUUCUAGGGUCAUACAAGCUCUAUCCCAAAGCAAAAUCCAAAUGUUAAUAAUAUUAGCCUGAUGCAGAUACCAAAGAUAAUUUCUUUCCUGCAGAACUUUAGACUUGUGUAUUAAGUACAAUUACCCAGCACUUGCAUUAGUCUAACCUCAGUAAUUCCAAAGCUUAGAUGUAUAUUUUGCUAUAUUUCUGGGAUAUUAAAAAUGUGUUUAAAUCCUUGUUUGUUUCUGUGUAAUGCUCUUAAAAGUCAUAGCAUGGAGAUAAUUGAUUGUCUUAUUCUUAGUAGUUUGAAAUAAUAGUAUUUUUGUAUGUUUUGGGUGUGUCUAUGUACGUAUUAACACAAUAGUUUUCACUGCCUAGGUGUUCAUAAUUGAGGAAAAAUGUACAUAAUCUGUAAUUUCCAUCAGAUUGUCAAUUUAGAUUGCAUUUUCUCUUAUUGCCAUUCUGAACAGAGAGUUUUUUUUUUAAAGAGACAGCAUGCUUAUAUGGGUGAAAUUGAACCCUUGCCCUACUCAGAAGGCAUCGUCCAUUCAUAUCCAAAGGUCAGAUAAGAAGACAGGUAAAGCCCUAUGAAUGGUUCUGAUGUCCUAACUUUUUUCUGUUUGUUAAAAGAGAAUUAUGUUGCCAUAAGACAGUGGAAACAUUGAUUAGAAAAAGGUUUAUUGCCUUUUCUUUUGCAAAACCUGGUAUGUAAUCUUUGUGGACUGCACAGCUUCAUUUACAUUGAUGAACAGAUUUUUUUUCAUUGAUUCUUCUUUUCAUGAUCAUUUGUGUAAUUUAAUUUGGAAUGUAUGCAACAUAAAAGAGUGGUUUACAUAUCCUACAAGGUUCAUUCUCGCUUAUGCUCACUCUGAGACCCAUAUCCCGAGGGAGCGCAAAAUAAUGCUGUCUCUUUAAAGAUAUCUUCUGUUUUUCCCCUAGUGGCUGCCUGCAGGCGGCUGUGGGCAUUGAGAAACUGUAGAUUACAGUGAAUCAGGAUGAAAAUGGUAGGUUUUGUGUAGAUGCAUUUGUCUGCUGUAAUUUUUAUAUAUAUGAGACUUACUGUAACUGUACAGUUCAUUUCUGUUGUAAACUUCAUUAAACCAUUUUUCCAAGUGUUUUAACAUC